AGUCCCGUCCUGGUUCAAUUCAAACACCUCUUUUCCGUAUACUCCUCUCGUUUUCUCUAUUUCCCCCUCCACCUUUCAGCAUUUGAACUCGUGUUUACAAAAAUGUUGCGUGCGACUUCUCUGAGCUCUAGGGUGCUGCUGAGAGGCAGUGCUUUUAAGGCGACAAGCACAGCUGGUUACUCGGCGCGCAUGUCGGCAGCCCGGCGGUUUGCAUCAACGACCCCCACAACUCCCACAGGCGCAGCUAAGGAUGCCGCAAAGGACGCUGUAAAGGACGCUACGAAUAGUGCUGCGAAGGAGACUGUGUCGGCCACGCCGAAGCCGACUACUGCGCCGAAGCCAGCUGCGUCGAGGAAGACCCACAAGAUCCGCAACACCGCAAUCCUGGCGCUUCUUGCCGGCUCAGCGUUUGUCGGCGCUGCCGCCUAUGCGCAGGAAGAUGUUGAUUUCGAUGAGAGCUUUGAGAUGUACGUUCCAGGCGCCCGGCGCUUCAUGCAGCUGACGCGGCACCAUGACGACAGCCUUCUGAUGGCGCUGAGCGACGUGGGCUUCCAUGUGUACGACGACGUGGCAUACACGGCCAAGUUCAUCUAUGGCCAGCUCUUCAACCUGUACAACAUGCUUGCCUAUAACAACUGGACCGGUGAGACCGCUGACGACGACGAGUCUGGCCGCAAGCGCGAUGUGGCGGCGCCGCCCAAGAUCGAGAAGCCCGCUGCCCCGAAGAAGGAGAACAAGUCGACGAUUGAUGAUGCUCUGCCGUCGGCACCCCUGAAGAAGAUCCAGCUGGCUGUCGAGAUCCCGCCUCUGGUGACCGAUAACUCGGCUGUGGCUGAGCUGUCAAAAACGCUGUCUGCGGUCGUGGCAGCCUUUAACAAGAAGGGUCUGUCGCCUGAGAACAUGCAGCAGCUCAAGGCACUGAGCGACUCGCUGAUCGCACUGGACCUGCACCUCAAGACGCUGAAGGACGAGGAGCGCAAGGUCGUUGAGGCAGCGCUGGCUGAGGAGCGCAAGAAAUUCGAGUCGACACUGACGGAGUUCCAGCAGGCGGCGCGCAUUGCACUGGCAUCGCGCGAGGCCCAGCUGAUCGAGUCCCAGGAGGCUGAGCUGUCUGCCGCCGCUAAGGCGUCGGACGAGCGCCUGAUUGCGGAGCUCACUUCGCAGCGCGACCUGCUGGAGCGCCGCUUCAACCGCUUCGUGCGUGCCCGUGUCGAUGAAGAGCGCGGCGGGCGCCUGGCCCACCUUGACCGUGUCGAGGCACAGUUGCGCGAGCUUGCGCAGACUGCCCAGCAGAGCGGCGGUCUCCUGCGCCAGUCGCAGGCGGUGGCCCGCCUGAGCGUGGCCAUUGCAUCGCUCAAGUCUGCGGUCAUCGAGGGCAAGAAGCAGACACCGUUUGCGUCGGAGCUGUCGGCUCUGGCCAGUGCUGCGACAACCGAUUUCCCAGCCACACAGGCGGCUGUGGCAGCGAUUCCCCAUGAGCUGGCUGAGCAGGGUGUGCCCUCGCAGGUGGAGCUGGAGGACCGGUUUGAGGCCGUGCGCAAGGAGAUCCGCAGUGUCUCGCUUGUGCCUGAGAACGGGAACUUUGGAUCGCAGGUCCUCUCGGCGACCCUGUCCAAGGUCAUGUUCGAAAAGGAGGGCCUGGUCGAGGGCGACGAUGUUGAGGCCGUGCUGGCCCGCACCAGCUUCUACCUUAGGGAGCACAACCUGGAUAUGGCGGCGCGUGAGCUGAACCAGCUGCGCGGCUGGCCGAAGAAGCUGGCCGAGGACUGGAUCACCACCGCGCGCCGUCGCCUCGAGGUCGAGCAGGCCCUGCGUGUGGCCGAGUCCGAGGAGUUCCUGGCAAAGUUCUCGCUUGUUUAAUGCGAUAAACCCCACGCUUCUUAGAUACCCAAAUAUACCCAGCUCUCUUUGUUUCCAAGCCCGCUGGGAUUGGUCUUGUGCCCGCCACAUAUUGUGGUGGAGACUGAUAAUC